CUUGCUCUCGUCUCGCCGCUUUUCCGCCAUUGAUUCUACAAAAGUUUCUCUCCUCUUCGUAAUCGAAAUCCUCAAAUUACGAGCUUUCUUCCUCAAACCCAGAUUAUCACUUUCAACUUUUAAGGAAGUCUCUCUGCCUUGAAGGCGGUGAGAACUAAAAAACGCUCAAAACGGGUGCACUAUGUUGUAUCGUGGCCUCAAGGCCAUUGGUAACAACCAAAUCACCAUCCCAUAGCGGAAAGGAUAUUCCUUCAGAUGAUGCCCUGCAAUGGCGGACGAAUCUCAGCUUCUCUCCAAUUGGAUAUACUAGAGAUGGUUUGGAACGGGAUAUGAGCAGCGGUGAUGACAGUCACAGUUUUGCAUUCUACUCGAGCAGAAGUAGACAGAGUACAAGUUUGGAAUCCUGCUUCAAGCAAUCUCCAAGAUGGGCUUCAAACUCUUCUGCUUGUGGUGGGAAUGAACAGAAAACCUGCGUUGUGAAUGAGGAGGAGAAAGGUUUUGAUAGAGAAAGUAUAGCCAUCUCCCAGAGUUUUAGGUCGUCAUCAACUGCCCCAUUGAGUACUUCAAGCAAGCAGCCUUUCAGCCUUAGUCACUGCUCUUACCCUCGAGUCUUCUGCAACCCAGUUUCAGAUUGUGAGAAACCUGAACCUGAUCAUUAUGCGCAAGAAGACUCAUCCACAAAUCCUGAAUCCAGUUUUGUGAUGUCAACAAGAAACCAUCAGGGCUCACCAGAAGAUGAAGCGUCACCAAACCCCAGUAACAGCACACGUAGCAAUGACAUGCUGCUAGAUGUGGAAAGGUCCAAUGAAGCAGAAGCAGGAAACCCGAGACUUGAACCAGGCUCAGUGACACAUCAGAGAUGCGGGGUCUGCAAGAAGCACUUAUCUCAGAAAUCUCCAUGGUGCUCUUAUAAGAUACUGAGAUGUGGAGACAUGCCAGCCGCUGGUGUUUUCCCUUGUCAUCACGUCUACCAUGUAGAGUGUUUAGACAAAGUGACCCCAAUUGCUCAAACCCGAGAACCGCCUUGUCCUGUUUGCGCGGACACAAUUGGAUCAAUGGAGCAGCCGCUGAUAGUGCCUGAAACAUUGCAAAUGGCACUGAGAUCCCUCAGAAGAAGCCGCACAGCUGUGGGAUCAGAAACACUUAAUAGCUCUUGCAAUGAAAUUCAAAGAAGACACAUUAGGAGAAGUAGCCAGAAAUGGGAUAAACUCAGCUGCUGUUUGAACAUAAGCUUCUUAUCUUCUUCCCGGAAUCAAACUUGACCAGAUUCUAUUAGGUUCCUCUAUAACUCUUACUUGAAUCCAAUCGUAAUCUUAACCAUAUGUUUCUUAGCUAUAUU